UGACGUAGUUGAAGCUAGCCGCCAUUAUGCAGUCUUGUAUCACUAAAAGUCGAAAUUAACCAAAAUAAAAACAAAUCCCAAGUUUUUUGCUACAGCAAUAUCGUGGUGAACAUAUUUUUAUACCUUUUAAUUCUUGGAAGUUUUAUCGGUGCCGCUCGUCUAAUUUCAGUGCCGCGUCUUGAUGCGGGAGAAGUGUUUUGUGAUUUAAUUAUUAGCCAAUAAUCAAAACAAAAACUUGAAAAGGACGCAACGCAAGGGUUCCUUCUUUUGAACAUUUGAAACGCGCCUUCGGAAAGAAAAAUAGUUGGAAAAUUGACGGUCAGAUAGAUCCCGCCCGUCAAUCUAACGUGUCGAAGAGGUUAGAAUAAUGGCUUAAUCGAAGCGUGGCGGCGAACUAACGACGGCAACAUGAGCGGCAGUCCCCAGGAGUUGUCUUCUUCGAGUAGUGCCCCGUUGCCGGACGACGGUGGACUCGAUUUCCAUAAAAAAGACGAUAUCGACCUAAACGAUGCGAAACCGACGUCUUCAACUGACGCGGACACCUCCACGAAAUCCACCCAAGAACCGUCCGACGAUCCCAUCAGCAGUACCUCGUCCGAUGCCGAUCAGAUUAGGGGCCACGUGACUUCGGUCGAAGAGGACGUCGAACUGGAGAUAAGCAUGUCUCAGCAACCGUGCGGGGAGAUUACGGAAAACGUCGACGACCUGGUUAACGAUUUGGAGACCCUUUUGGGCGAAUCGACGGACUCCUUCAAUAUCACGUUCAAGUCUACCACCAGAUCGGACGAGAGUGUCAAAGCCGAAAUUAAAGCGGCGGCAGAGGAUAAAGGGCCUGUCGAGUCCACCGAAACCGAAGCUCUAUAUACUCUGGAAGCAGCUUCUGACAUCAAUGAAGUUGCAGAAUUGAUCGAGUCUUCGUUACCACCUAACAUAGAAUCUUCAGCGGAAGUUGCAGCGGAGAAAAAUUACGCCGAGGAUCAAGUCGAAGUUGCGUUGAAAACUGACGCGGAAGUCGCGAGUUGCAGCGCGUCCACAGAAAAUUGCGACCCGCAGAAAGACGAAAACCGAAGUGAUAAUGAGGAAAACGCGACUCCAACGGUUACAGGCAGCGGUGCAAGCGUGACUUCAGAAGAGGCAGUUGUAAAGGAGGAGGAGGCGGGCGCGUCCGAAGCCAAACUCGACGAACCGGAAGUCGACGAAGGACCUCCCGAACAAGAAACGGCAGAAAGUAGCUAUUGCGUCGAGCCGGUUGCGGAAGAUAUCGCGGAGAAGGUUGUUACUGAAAACAUUCCUGAUAAGUCCGAAACAGGGGUAGAUGCAGAACAGAGUUUGGCUCUCGAACAGACAGACGAGCAAAAUGUCGAAGGAGUUGCCGUAGAACAAACUACCGCCGACGGGGGUCUUGACGAAUCUCAAGCGGAGGUGGAAGAUAAAUCUUCAACGGACUUGGGAGCCGGACCUCAUAUCGAGUGUUUGGAAAGUUUAGAAGCUGCACGAGACGGCGAUUUGGAGCAAACGGAAAAUAUUGUGACGCCAUCUGACGACGCUGAAAAUGCUACGAACGUCACAGAAUCGGUGGACCAAGUUGUGGGUGAAAGUGAAGACGUUGAAGUUUCCGAUCCGAAAGAACCUGCCGAUCCGGAUGAUGAUGAAGCAACGAGGCUUGUCGCGGAGCAGACUAGUUCCGUUGCAACGAUAGAAGAAGAUCCAUCUGAACUGGUCAACGCAGCUGUGGAAGAUGAAGACUUUGUAGCCGAAGCACUUCCACAAGAUCCGGGCGAUUCCAAACACGAAGAAAACAUUGAAGAAAUAUCCCCUAACAAAGAACGCUUGGACAGUACCGAAAAGGUCGAAGAGACCACGGCGGAGAGAGAAGACGUUGAGUUUUGUGUUUCUCAACAAGAGAUUACUGAAGAAAUUCCCGAAGAAGAAGCGUUCGCCGAUGAUGCACAUCAGGGCGUGAACGAACCCGAUAAGUUAGUCCAGUCUGUGGAUGACGUCGCCUCGGAUAAGCAAAUAUCCGCGGACGCUGUCAUCGAAUCUUCCGAUGCGGGACCGGUUGAUGCCGUAGCUGAAGUUUCUAAUGUAGAAAACGUGCCGUUGUGCGUCGAGGAAAUUGCAGUAGAAACCAGUGACGAGGGUCAAAAUGAAAUUAUCGUAACUCCCGUCGAUCAAGAUCAAGACAAAGCCGAGAUCGUCGAAACCGCGGGAGAAAACGUCGUGGAAAACGCGGCCGGAAGCCUGGAAAGCGAAGUGUCCUUGAACCAGGAGCUGAUCGCGGACCCCGAAGCGAACUUGGAGACGAUAAUGGCGGUGGCGAACCUCCAGAACGACCCUAUCGUCGAAAUCCAAGCGAAAACGCUGAGCGAGAGGGAAAUCCAGGAGAUGGAGACGCUGAGGUUGGCGGUCGACAGUAUCACGGACGCUCGCGACAGCUACCACGACGAAAUAAUAAUGCAAAAUCGCAUCGUGGGCGAUCGGAUCUCGAAUGAGCACUCUUUGAACGAGCCGCUGACCAUUCGCAUCGAGGAGUCCGAGAAGAAAGUGAACACUUACAGUCCGAAAAUCACGAUCAAACCGAUCCGCGUGCCCGACGAGGAAGUGACCACCACGUCCGAGUCGGAGCUGAACAAGGGGAGCCUGCGGAUGACCAUCACCAAGCAGUCGGACACGUUGUGCUCGAUUCUGAAGCCGUGCGACGGCCAAGACGACGUCGCGGAGGCGGACGUCAACGAGGCGCCCAUACCGAAGCUGAUCAUCAAGUCCAAGAUGCAAGUCGUGGACAGGCAACACAGUCCCAAAAUCGCGGGUCAAGGCGACGCGAGUCCCUUAAAGAUAACCAUCAAGGGACUAAAAGGGGAGGGGGAGGCGAAGCCGCAGAGCCCGCGGAUCACCAUCAAACCGAUUCCGAAACCGUCGGAAAGCGAGGCGUCGGUGCCGAAGGUCACCAUCAGACCGGUGAAGAGGCAAGACGAGCCGGGGGAGGACGAGAGGUCCAGUCCCAAGAUCACCAUAAAGCCGGUGGUGAGGCCGAACGACACCGACUUUCCGCGCACCGCGUCUCCCAAGCUGACGAUAAAGCCGUUGAAAAAGCCGGACGCGGACGCGUCGAGGGGAGUGAAACGGCACGAAGAGUUCGACGACGACGAAAGGUCCAGCCCCAAGGUGGUCAAGGCGGAACAUUCGGAUCAGAGGACGCAAGACGACCCGGUCAUCAAGCCGGUGGUGGCGGAAGUGGAAUCGGACGAGGACGCCGCCAAAGGGAGGAUCGUGUUGAAGAUUAACAAGGGCAACAUCCCGGGCCAGCCGAAAGAGGCGAAGAAGCGGGAGUUUUGCGGCGACGACGACAAAUCGGAGAAGUUGGCGAAGAUAAAGUUGAAGUUCUCGAAGGAGGGCGGCCACCCGCACAUCGUGCAGGACGAGAACAACAAGCGGCUGAAGAGGGACCACGAGUACGCGGCCAAGGACCCCGAGAACUCGGUGAACAAGCGCCAUUCGGACGCUUCGUACGCGUCGAAAAUAUCCGAGCUGACGGCCAAGCAGUUCCACGUGGAGGUGCCUCCCACCAUAGUGAACGUGGCGACCGUGGCCACGCCCGCUCCCAAGAAGCGCGGGAGGCCCAGGAAGGUGCCGCUGCAGCCUCGCGAAGAGUUCAGCCCGAUGCCGUCGGCGAGCACGUCGCUCGUGAGCGUCGACUCCUCCGAGCCGUCGCAGAGCGAGUCGGAAACGCCGCCUACCGGCGGCCGGCCGAAACGCAGCUGCCGCGGCCAAAACGUCAUGGCCACGUUGGGUAUUAAACCCAGAAAGCCGAGGGGCAGGGGUCGGGGCAGCAAAGUCAACAUGGGCGACCGCCUGCCCGCUAAAUUGGACACUCCCGAGCACACUCCGAAAGCUCGAGGCAGACCCAGACUGGUGCCCAAAGUCGAGGAAGCGCCCGUGGAGGUGGUGGUGUCGGCCGAACCGAUGAUCGCUAUCGAAGAUUCAAAAAACGAGCCGGUUCCUUUUUUAGGCGAGCGAAACGUAAAAAACGAAAGCGACACAAGCAUAAAAAGAGAGCCCGAUCCGGGAAUAAGCGAGGAGGAGACGAGCGCGCUUCAACGCCAGAAGGCUGAGAAGCGGAUGAAGCAGCUCGCGCAGCUGCGCACCAAGAUGGCCGAGAAGCGGCUCAAGGCGGCGGAGAUAAAGAAGAAGCGGGUCGAGUCGGCCAAAUUGAAGCGGAUGUCGCGGCUCCAGGCCAAAGAGAACGACGACAAGGCGAGGAAGCAGCUGUUUAUAAACAGGGCGUUCAAUCCGAGCUUCGCGAUGCACGCUGCGAAGCCGCCCGAGGAAGCGGAACCGGAACAGCUCGAGGUGGGCGUGGCCGCUAACCAAUCGAUACUCGUCGUGGACGAGGAGACUAGGAUGAGCGCCGACAGGGACUCGAGAGGCGCGACGCCUGCCAAAAACGUCGCGGCCUCGGAGACGGUCGCGGAGGAAUCUCAAAGCUCGAUGCACAGUACCGGUACCACGGAAAGCGGUAGCGGCAAGACCGGCGGCUCCUCUUCGAAGCCGGGCAAGCCCCGCCUCGAGGUGCACCAGGAAACCGACGCCGCUUCCAUCACCGUCGACCAACUCGCCGAGUAUUCGUGGAACGGCGACGGCCCGUUCAUGCUGCAAGAGCAGGUGGCCCAGUUCUUGGGCAUCAAGUCGUUCAAGAGAAAGUACCCGAACAUUCCCCGGCGACCGGUCGACAUGCAGGAGCGCGAUUUUAUCCGCGAGGCCGGCAUGGCGACCGAAGCGUUGUGCGACAUGGGCCUGACCGCGGUCAGCGGUCAGGACAUCUUGGACAUCAUGUACGCCGACUUUCAAGACAAGUACGAGGAGUACUGCCGAUGCCAGCGGGAGAAACAGGCGCGGGAGUUGGCCAAUAAGCAGAAGGCGCUCUCGCAGCAGGCCAAAGGUCACGAGCGCAGGGACAUAAUGGAGCAGGCGGUUCAGUCGGCCGCCCAGUGGAACCAGCAGUUCAACAGGGACAGGAGGGACCACAGGAAAGCGUCGAUGGACCUGCAGUCGCUCGCGGUGCAUUAUCCGAAGGAGAGGCUGAAGAAACUCGAUAAGGACAAGGUGGGCGACUUCCCGGUGGCCCUCGUGCCCGGCCAGUUCACCGAUUUCUACGAGGAGUUCACGCCGACGGAGCUCAACAAUUUGCCGCUAAACACCAUGUGCUACGACGAGGUGAGGGGCGGGUCCGUCGAGGCGUCGGAAGAUUCCGGGUCCAGUUCGGACUCGGACUCGUCCACGUCGUCGUCGACCAGUUCGGACUACUCGAGCGAUGAGGACUGUAAUUUGUGCGCGACGAAGGCGCACGUCAAGAAGCCCAUCGUGACGAAGGCGAGCGGCUGAUCCGUCGGACGCCAAGGGAAUGUUUAUUUUUUCCUUUCUUAAAAGUGUAGGUUUGAGUGUAGGCGUUUGGCGGGGCUGGUCACGCGGUGCGGCGCAGUCUGGGAAAAGUUUCACUCCUGGGAAUACGCGAAGUCUUAUUGUGGCUAAAGUUGCUUUCAUGCUAGGCGGUUGUCUCAUAAAUUCUAUAUUUUCUUUUCAUGGGUUUCAUGAUCAAAGUAAGUGUAUUUUGAUAAAGUUUUUGAAAUAAUUUGAGUUUGAGAAGUAUCUAAAGUCAAAUGAUUCGUGGAAGCUGUCAAUUUGGUCUACUGUUGCUUUAAGGGUUGGUCUGUGAAAUUCCUCCUUGAAAUUGCUUCGAAAUUCUGUGAUUAAGUGUAAUUAGUUAUAGAAAUUUCAAAAAACCUGAUUAGCAAUUUAUUAUCCGGGAUGCAGCCGACUUGAGCUUUACAGAGUCAAUAAUAUAAUAAGGUGCUGAGUUAAAUAUACUUAUUGAUCCGUGACAGCUUUCGAUAUUACACCCGUUUCUACAUUGACUCAAAGUAGAAAACCCAUGCAAAAUUCUUGUAAAUAUGCGAAGUCUGGUUACUCUUUCCCAUGAACUGUACUGUUGCAGCAAAAGUGUUAAAAGUAUCAAAGUUGUUUUUUUAUGAUAGAACCUUAUUUUUGGAUUUUAAAAUCAACAUAAGUGUAUUUGAAGAAGGUUUAUGACAACUAAAUCAUGAGGUUUUUUUGAAAUAAUUUGAGGUUCUUCAAGAAGCACUCAAAGUAUGUCAGCGAAAACUACACUAGAGUGCUAACAAUACACCAUAUCUUAUAACCCAAUUAUUAAAAAGUUCUCACCUUAUAUACCCUAAUCUAGUUUAAUAGCAUAUAGUUGCCUACAAUAUUUAGAAAUGUCUAAUAAUGCAUUAAAGCUGUCAAUUUGCUCUAAAAAGUGGCUAUCAACUUCGAUACUUUUUAACAUUAGUUAGAAAAUCUGCUGUUAGUGUAAUUAGUAAGAGAAUUUUCAGAAAACAUGAAUAGCAAUUUGUUACCCAGGGUAUAAUGACAAAUAACUAAUCAAAAAUAACACUUGAAGAUAGUGAUACUGCUGACUUGAGCUUUCCAGAGUCCAUAGUGGCUUAUGUAGUAAGUAAAAUUUUUUUUAAUCGAACCUACUUUACAUGAUUUUUUUUUUAUUCUACUCUUAAUUUUAAUUUUUCAAGAAAGAAAUCAUUUACUCUUUCAAAACAUAUUUAUUUCAUUUAUAAGAAAUAUGUAUUAUAGGUGAAAUAGAUUGAAAAAAUAAUGAACAAUAUUUGUACUACCCUUAAGUAAAAGGUCGGCGAAGAAAAAAUAUUUAAACCGUUAAAAGUCUUGCAGAGUUUAAGCAAAAAAAAACAAACCUUUUUAAAUAAACAUAACUUCUACAUAUUUUUGCUGCCACAAACCGGAAAGAGGGGACAGUUUUACAUUCCUAUUAUGUAUUCCGCCUGACAUUAUGGUGUGGUCUUAUUUUUUAUGCUUUAAAACCCGUGGGAGUUUUAGGGGUUUCUAUACUUUUUUCUCACCGUGUCAUUCGCCAGAUUUAAGUUGAAAACAUUUUGAUCCAAAAUAUAAAAUGUCCAUUUUUAUAACUUGAAAUGCUCAAAAGUAUUUUUAACAUGCAUAUUCGGAACAUAGGAAGCUUAAAAACUUUUUCAAUAUAAUGAGUAAUUUUUAUUUUAUAACUAACUGAAUUUUAAAAGUGGUCACUGUAAAUUUUGCUGACUGUACAUGCAGAUCAACAAAAAUUGACAAGUCAAACAUUGACAAAUUUGAACCAACCCAAGGGUUCAAACACGCAGCUUAAUUGCUCAUGAAGCACUUCUUCUCACUUCUUCUUACGUCACCCUAUAUGUAAGGGAAAACCACCAUAAUGGACCAGAUUUUGUUUCUCAAUUUUAUAUAGGGUGAAUGACAAUGAUACCACUAUAAUACUAAUUGACUACUACAGUAGUAACCACAGAAUAUAAAAGAAAAAAUAUCUCGCUGAACAAACGCAAUAAUAUUUUUCAACUUACCAGAGAAUGUACUUUUCAGUUACCUGUCAAAUAGCGUUGAGGGUGUAUAAAUUAAUGUUUUCUUGCAGCUGCCACUUUUGUCCCAUUGCAUUAUUUUUUAUGACUUGGAUCGGUAUCGUGGUGUUUGCAUAAAACAAGAGAAAAGGUCCUAAUAUGGACCAUCUUUUAUAUAUUUUUCAAUAAAUCUCCAAUCUCCGUCAAGUAAGAAGUAAUAAAAAAACUAAAUCAAAAAUAGUAUACGAAAUUGACAGCUUCAUUAAAUUAUUUGACAUAUUCAAUGAAACUUUUAUUUAAUCAACACCAGCAAAAAGAGUUUAAUCAAGUUGUACCUACUGAAAUAAGUUAAUUUUUGUUGGACAUCUUACAUAAAUUAUUAAAAGUUUUUUAUAAUUGGGAAAUACUUUUCACGUUUUUGGGAAAUUAAAAUUAGUUUACAUUUGUAGAAAACUCAAAUUAUUUGGAAAAAACAUUAAGAUUUAGGUAUCAAAAAAGAAUUCAAAAAUGCGCUAAUAUAACGGAGGUUAUGUUUUUUUUUUUAAACUUUGCUACUGUAACACUUUUGGGACAGCCUGUAUAGUAGGAAAGUAAUUUGAAAAAGUAAGCAUAACAAAAAUUCCCACUUCCGGGCCGUACUUUGUGAAUGGCCCUGUACACACGGGGCAGCUCAUUGCUGGGGGACACUAUUAUAUCUCCGGAGGGUGUUUGCUUUAUCGAAAAAUUUGGUACGAUGAAAAUAGUUGCCAUUAUAUAGUGUGUUUCAUAAUAAUGCCGUAACACCUGACUUCCUUAUUUUAAACCACAACUCACACCAGAUUUUAGACUUCACAGAUUUCCGAAUGUUGAAACUUUUUAUAUUCCAUCGUAAAUAGAAAACUAUUGAACUAAAAAUAAACGCUACUUUUUCUUUUCAAAAAGUAUUGUCCGCAUCAUUUUUAAAUUAAUACAUAUAAGUGUUAUUAAAUCCGCAGACUUUCAAAACGGGCAUAAAAACUACGUUUUUGAAAUUUCAUUUCUAAUUUAUUUUUCUUUUCUAUUUUAAUUGAAUAAUUUUCUUCUGCAAAUUAAGCCAAAAAAAAGCAUCCGAUUUUUUCUACAUUGAAAUCUUGUGCCUUAUACCUUAUAACCUAAGCCAACAAACCAAACGACUUGAUAAAACUCAUGCUUACGUCACAAAAUGGACGGUGAUUAUUCUGUGCUCGUGUGACACCUUAUCAUUACCUACUGUCAUAUGUCAAAAUUGCUUAGGGCGCCAUCAAACAACAACAACAAUGUUUUUCAAUAUAUUGGAAUCUUUCAAAUUUAAUUUAAAUUAUCUAAAUUCAAGUCCUUAAGAGCGCGAUUCUUAAAAAAAAACCUUGAUAAAGAAAUUUUAUGUCGGUGUAGUUCCUUAAUCGCUUUUUUUUUUAUAUGCAGGGCGUGGUAGUUUAUAAAAAAAACUUUUUUUCUCUAAUUUCCAUUAAAAUCGCUUUUUCUGGCAAAAAAUAUUUUUCGGCAUUCGCCAGUGGCUUUGGGGUAAGCACGACACUGAGAAAAAAGAUACGUACCAAAAAUAACCAUUUUCAUCAACAAAAUGUCCGAAGCAGUUUCAACGAGAUUGAGCAAAAACCUUUUUUUUAUGUUUCAAACGCCCUGUAUAUUAAAGAUAAAGCGAUUACUGGCCUAUAUUGAUAUAAACUUCUUCUGUAAGGUAAAAUAAAUCAUCUCAUUAUGGAACUAAGGGUAUUAUUUUUUCCCAUAACAUCAAAAAUGAUUUGAUAAUAUACUGGGAGCUCCGACAACUUUUGUAUUUAAAUUAUUUCUAUAAAAUAUAAAUCCUUACGGAGACGUAAAAGAAUCCCAAAGCGAACCGCGCCGUAUAUGCUUUAGGAAUAUGAAUAAUGAAAGUUAUUUUUAUAAAAUAAAUGGAUGUUUAUAUUUUAUGAUGUUAUGGAAAAUGUUUUUUUUUUCUUCUUUCUGAAUAUUUUAUGUUUGAUUUUUUUAGAGGUAAAAAAGACAGAUGUAUUUAUUUUUUUCCUUAUAUAAAGAUUAUUUCGGCCUGUGUUAGUUUAGCGUAACUAAUGUAACAUAUAACGAUACGAAAAUAUAAGCAGUUUAUAGAGCACAUGUUUUUUCUAUUUUAUAAUUAAAUGUUACAAUUUA